UGCCGUAGUUGAAAAAUAUAUAAAAAAUCUCCACUUGGUAACUUUAUUUGUUUACCCCGUAACCAUGGUAACCGUUCCUUCAUUUCCUGUGGCAGUACACAUUACAUCCACACAGCGGGUAUAUGACAACCACAACAGUCCUGACAUAGACACCACAUGUUUCAUGUGCUGUUACCGAGCUGCCACACUCUAAAACCACCCCUGCACAUUGGGAGGUCAAGGUGAAGCUGGCAGCUCACCAAUAUUGCCAAUUGUGCGGCGCCGACAGUCCCGACACUAAAGCCGCUGUGCCGACCCACUACACUGAGGCUGUGAUGGCCCUGCACGCCACUAUGUCAAGCCCGCCCCACCCGCUGCUAUUCAAGGGAAUAAACCACCACUGGGAGGCACGGUAGGAAACCCACUCCACUCUGCCUCCACCACGGGCCUGACGCCGAGUGACAGGAGCGUACUUCUAUGCCCUGGCAAUACUGGCCGGCACUGUGUAUCCUGUGACACGAGCAAGGUAAUGCUGACAGUGUCCGAAAUAUAAGCAACAAAAGAGUGCCAUAGCAACCACAUAGAAGAGAAAGAGAGGACAGUAGAGGCAAACACCUGACUGAAAAUGGAAAUACUUGAAACGCAAAAUAACAGACAAUAAUAUAUCAGAGACUUUUGGGCAGUGGGGUACGUUAGGCAGCCUUCGUAAGGUUUUCAAGAAUUCCCUCGUAACUUGUUACUGCCACACACGUUAAAAAAGAAAAAAAUAGCGCUUUGUUGAGCUUGCAAGAGUGGGAUUAUGGCUGAUGUGUGUGUACAGGGACCAUGACAGCCUUAAACAGUCACAAACCAAACUUUCAAACUGUGACCUGGCAUGUGGAGGCAGCCUGGUCCUCCCUAAACAGACAUGAGGAGUAAUGAAUCUGUGGUGUUUCCCUGGCAUGUCACCACCUCUGCUCGAGAAUGGAAUGCUGGAGGAAGGACAUUGAGCUGUCGAGUGUGGUGGUGCAGUGCAACAGUCUGGUGUCGGUGCUGGAGGGCUGCCUGGGACCCUAUGGGAAGGCAGUCCUCCUAGAAAAGGCUGGCUGUGUCAUCAUCACCAAGGAUGGGAUGGAGCUUCUGUCCCACCUGGAGGUAUGCGACCCCCUGGUGAGUGUGGUGGUGCAGGGGGCACUGGACCACACCAGGGUGCUCGGGGACGGCUGCAAGGCCACGCUCUUCCUGCUGCACCGCCUCCUCAGCUCCCUGGACACUCACGUCCCGCAAAGCUCCGGCACCAUGCAAGGGAUCAGAAGACAGAAACUCAUACAGAUUGUGCAGCAGAUAAGGUGCCAGGUGCUGGGUGUGGUGCAAAGAGAUGUCAUCAAAUAUGGUGCUCAGGUGUAUCCUCUGAACAGCUUUGAGGUGUUUUCUCACCUGCUACACACCUCUGCUGAGGACUAUUUUAUAACUAAGUUUUCAAAACUCAUUGCUAGAAAUCUUGCAAAACUUUUUUCUUCCUACAUUUCUUGUGUAUGUAGCAGUAGUAGAGAACUUGUGAAACUGAUCAAAGAUUUAGCAAUAAAAGCUCACACUGCAGUUGUUGAGAUCUAUCACAUGCCACUGAUGAUGUCACAUGUGCUUCAUGGUUUUGUGGUCACCAGAAACUUCCGCUACCUACACAAAGGUAUGAAAUUCAACAAGGUUUGCUGUGUCUGGUGGUCUAUCAACCUGGAGGAGGAGGAGGGCCUGCCCAGAGCCACCAUAGAGACCAGCCUCAGGGAGAUACUGGUUGGGGGCAUCCUGAUAAAGAGAAAUUUGGUUGAGCGAAGCCUGUCCCACUUGUCGGCACUUGGGACGGAGCUGGUGUUCUCCUCACUCCACUUCCCUGACUGGGCAGUGUCUCUGUGCGCCAAGUAUGGCAUGUCCCUGCUGGACUCCGUGGACAGGGACGAGUGGAACUUUUUAUUGGAGCGGCUGGGUGUGCUUCCCAUCAUGGAGGAGAGGGAUGUACACCCUGAUGUGCAGAGGAGCAUAGACAAGAUAGAGCCUCUGAACCUUGGCACAUGCAGGUUCAUGCAGCUGAGUGGCCUUGGUGUGCACCAGAUACUGCUCUGUGGUCCUACACAGGCACAGUGCAAACAGUUUUCAGGAUGUUUUCUUCAGUUCUUUAGGUACCUCAGUUCCUGGGUAGCAGACUGUGUGGAUUUUUGUCAGAGUAGUGACAUAUAUACAUGUGAUGGUGCUGCUGCUGCUGGCUGCAGGGACAGUUUUUCUCCUCCCUUCAGCCCUGAUGAGCUUCCCCAGUGUGAACUGUCUCCAGUGCUGAGUGAGGCCCAAUCUUCAGCUCCCCCUAGCCCAACCGCUGUGGCAAUGUUCUUCACAAUACCACAUGGGGGCUAUGUGGAGCUGCUGUCUAAAUACCUGGUGUCAGAAAACAUUUCAGUGGACAUAAAGAACACCAUUACAAAGUCUGUUGUUCUGGAUGUUUUCAAUGAGUUGCCAAACCUGUUAUACAGGAAGUCUCAGUUUUCUCAAAAGAGUUAUGUUGAAUUUCAAACCAAACUAUUUAGUAAUUUUACAGAACUGAGGAAUAAUAACCAAAUGAUGUUGUCACACAUGCUAAAAGACAACAAGUUCAGAGGAUACCAAAACCCAUUCUUGCUUUUCAAACUCUUAAACUGUGUGCUGCACUUAGCAGAGUAUCUCCUGAGAAUUGAGUGCAUUGUUCCUGCCAAACAAAGAAUUUCACAGCGGGCUAGACACUGCAGCAGUGACAGUGACAGUGAAUAGACCAUCUGAGUCACCAGGAACAGCAACAACACACACAACCAGUCACCCUCCACUGCCAUGGAGUUUCCACUUUGACAAACAACGACCGUACUCCCUACCAACACCAACCUUCACCCAACACUUCACACCACCAAGACAAACCUUGCCCACCACACAUCUCUUCCAGAUGUAACCUAUAUGUAGUCGCUGAAUGGAGUUUUACAUCUGGACUGUGUACUGUUUGACAAUAUACUGCCUUUUUACUUAUUAUUAUUAAGACUGGUUUUCUAACAUGAACUCUGAAAAUGUUGUGUACUUUUGACAUGUUGGAAUUUGAGGAGAGCACUGCAGCCAGCAAGGAGGGCCAUUGUGUUACAUGAAUGUGUGGGUCCUUGCUCCUGGGAACACCUGCUGCUCCUGUAAACAUUGAACCAUACACACAGGAAGGAAGAGUGUUUCAGCCUCAGGACAUGGACAUAAUUAAGCAUGCACACAACUGUAAUGCAAUUUAGAAUAAUAAAAAUGUCUUUCAUUUCACACACA